AUGGCACAGCCAGCUCGCACCUUGUCGCUGCGAAUCCUCUCGCCGGCUGUCGAACUGAGCCAUGGCCUCGACAUGGCUGAUGUGCCUGUCGACACGACCAUUGGCAGCCUGAAGUCUAGGUUGACUGACUUGCUGCCCUCGAACCCUACACCCGACCGCAUGAGACUGAUCCACUUUGGACGCCUCCUGGCCAACGACAAUGACACGCUGGCCCAGAUAUUCGGAGAAGCCGCCAUCACCCAGACCACGCCCUUCACACUACACCUCGUUGUCCGCGCUCCUCCCACGCCCAUGGAGACGGCUGCUACUCGCCAGCCGCCCUUUGCGAAUUGGGCUACCCAGAAUCCUGCAGGAGGCACUCCACAUCUACAACCGAACGUCCUACCACCGGGCGCCGCAAACCAUCCCUUGAUGCGCCCAGGUGCUGCCUUUGUCCCAGCACCGCAAGGGGCCACUGCCACUCCACCUCAUCCCGCCGCUCCCACUCCUCCUCUACAGCAUGGUCACGCUCCUCCGCCCAAUCUGCUACAACAGCUCAUGGAACGCCAGCAACAACACCUAAGACAACUCCACGAGCACCAUGCACAAGCUCACCCUCCACCACAGUUCGCCAUGCUGAGACAAACUCCUCCACAGUCCGCUCCACACACUCCGCCUCCGUUCCCACCUCAAUUUGUCCACCAACACCCACGCCCACACGUUCAUCAGCAUCAUCCACAUAUGCAACCACACUCCCAGCCACAACAUAUGCCCCAGCAACAACCACAACAACAGCGUACCGCCACCAUCACCAUAAACCAUAGCACCGUUGCUGUGCCCAUCCCUCUCGGCUCGCAAGGAAUGCCCAUGGGUCAAAUGCCUCUACCUGGCUUCCCAUCUCUCCAUAACCUGUUCCACCAACAACCUCAACCUCAGAUGCAGCAUUUCAACCCGGCUUCACCUACAGUCUACCUGCUGUCAUCACCUACCGGUCCGCAAGCGCUUCUCUUCUCUCCACAAGGCACCUACACUGCAAGUUUACCGCAUACCCCUGUGCCUGGUAUGCCUAGCAUGCCCAAUCCACUACUUGCCCACACACGACCUCACACACCCGCUACUCAAGCCCCGCCUCCACCUGGCUUCCACCCACCACCUGUUGCUGUUGAUCCCCAGCAGCCUCCGGAACAGGUUGCUCAGCAGAUUGUUCAACAACUGAAUCAAGGUGGUGCAGAGAACCAAGAGUUCAAUGCUCUCGCUCCAUGGCAGCCUCUGCUGGCUCAGGGCUGGAUGUUACUCCGUCUCUUGUUCUUCGCUUGGAUCCUGUUAGGUACAGGUCAAGGAUGGCGCAGACCUCUAGCUCUUCUUGCCAUUGGCGUUGUCUUCUGGGCCAUCAAUGCUAACGGCAUUGGUAACACCGUGAGGGAUGCCGUUCGCUCAUGGUGGGAGGCCGUUGUCGGAUUGCCUGGUCAACCACAGGAGCAAGAGCAUGGUGUUAUCAGACAAGCUCUGAGACCUGUAGAACGUCUUCUCGCCCUGCUCAUUGCAUCAUUAUGGCCCGGUGUAGGUGAACGCACUGUAACUGCAAGAAGAGAAGCAGAGGAAAGGCAGAGACGUGAAGAAGGUGAGAGACAGGCUGCAGAAGCGGAGCGUCAACGACAACUGGAAGCAGGCCAGUCCGGCACCCAAGCAGAGUCUACGAGUGCGGAAGCAAACGACACAGUCACUACUAUCGAGGGACCAUCCACCACCACAGCUACCAGCAACGAUGUGUCUGGUGAAGGUCAGGAAAUAAGGGAAAGAAAGACAGCAACACAAGGCACUAGCGCAGAGCAGACAUCGGCGUCUGAACCCACCUUGUCACGCGAAGAGCAGAGAGCCCAACAGCUUAACAAUCUCACUGCAGACUGGUGA